UUCUUGGCAUAACGGAAGUGACGUCACGACGUCAACAUGUAAGAUGGCGACGCAUCACAGGCAGAAUGCAGCGGGGCGCAGGAAAGUGCAGGUGUCAUACGUGAUCAGAGACGAGGUGGAGAAAUAUAAUCGUAAUGGAGUCAACGCACUACAGCUGGAUCCAGCACUUAACCGGCUCUUCACCGCCGGACGAGACUCUAUCAUCAGGAUAUGGAGCAUUAACCAGCACAAGCAGGAUCCCUACAUUGCAUCGAUGGAGCAUCACACAGACUGGGUCAAUGACAUCGUCCUCUGCUGCAACGGCAAAACACUGAUCUCAGCGUCAUCAGACACUACGGUGAAGGUCUGGAACGCACACAAGGGCUUCUGCAUGUCUACACUGCGAACGCAUAAGGACUAUGUUAAAGCAUUGGCAUAUGCUAAAGACAAAGAGCUGGUGGCUUCUGCAGGACUGGACCGACAGAUCUUUCUCUGGGAUGUGAACACGCUGACCGCGCUGACCGCAUCCAAUAACACCGUUACUACGUCUUCUCUGAGCGGAAACAAGGACUCGAUCUACAGUCUGGCCAUGAAUCAGAUGGGGACGGUUAUAGUGUCAGGAUCCACCGAAAAGGUUCUGAGAGUCUGGGACCCGCGAACCUGUGCCAAACUAAUGAAACUGAAAGGACACACGGACAACGUUAAAUCACUGUUACUCAACAGAGACGGGACUCAGUGUCUCUCGGGGAGCUCAGACGGGACGAUCCGGCUCUGGUCUCUGGGUCAGCAGCGGUGCAUCGCCACGUACCGUGUUCACGACGAGGGCGUCUGGGCGCUGCAGGCCAACGAGGCCUUCACACACGUGUACUCCGGAGGCCGUGACCGUAAGAUAUACUGUACUGACCUGCGCAGUCCUGACAUCCGUGUGCUGAUCUGUGAGGAGAACGCUCCCGUGCUGAAGAUGGAGCUGGACAGGUCCGCUGAUCCGCAUUCAGCCAUCUGGGUUUCCACCACCAAGUCCACGGUUAAUAAGUGGUCUCUGAAGGGUAUCCAUAAUUUCCGAGCGUCUGGUGAUUAUGAUAACGACUGCAGCGCUCCUCUGACGCCGCUGUGCACGCAGACAGAACAAGUGAUCAAAGGUGGCGCCAGUAUAAUUCAGUGCCACAUUCUGAACGACAAGCGACACAUUCUGACCAAAGACACCAACAAUAACGUGGCGUACUGGGAUGUGCUGAAGGCCUGUAAAGUGGAAGACCUGGGCAAGACGGAGUUUGAUGAAGAGAUCAAGAAAAGGUUCAAGAUGGUUUAUGUGCCGAACUGGUUCUCGGUGGAUCUGAAGACAGGGAUGCUGACCAUAACGCUGGACGAGAGCGACUGCUUUGCAGCCUGGGUUUCUGCUAAAGACGCUGGCUUCUCCAGCCCGGACGGAUCCGACCCCAAACUGAAUCUGGGAGGACUGCUGCUGCAGGCGCUGCUGGAGUAUUGGCCUCGCACUCACAUUAACCCUUCGGAUGACGAGAGCGAACUCAAUCAUGGGAGCGUGAACGGCGAGCUCGAGAGCCGGAUGCAGAAAGGAAACGGAUAUUUCCAGGUGCCUCCACACACUCCGGUGAUCUUCGGAGAAGCGGGAGGACGGACGUUGUUCAGGCUGCUGUGUCGAGACUCCGGAGGAGAAACCGAGUCCAUGUUACUGAACGAGACGGUCCCGCAGUGGGUCAUCGACAUCACCGUAGACAAAAACAUGCCUAAAUUCAACAAAAUCCCAUUCUACCUCCAGCCCCAUUCAUCGUCCGGAGCGAAGACGUUAAAGAAGGAUCGUCUGUCGGCCAGUGACAUGUUACAGGUGAGGAAGGUGAUGGAGCACGUGUAUGAAAAGAUCAUCAACCUGGACAGCGAGUCUCAGACGGGCGCUUCGUCUGCAGAGAAGCCCAGCGAACAGAAGGAGGAGGAGGACAUGGCAGUGCUAGCGGAGGAGAAGAUCGAGCUGCUCUGUCAAGAUCAGGUGCUGGAUCCCAACAUGGAUCUGCGGACGGUGAAGCAUUUCAUCUGGAAGAGCGGCGGCGAUCUGACGCUCCAUUAUCGGCAGAAAUCCACGUGAGGUCCCGCCCCGUUUGAGGAAAAUCCUUUGGUUACCCUUCACAUUCGAAGCACACGCUCACCUGCACUUCCUGCCUCCAUCACGCUCGACUCACGGGAAGAAGGAACGCUGGAAAACACACCCAAGAUGUGUUUCUGCCACCUUUUAUUAUAUUUUUCCUGGCAUGAAUUCUCUUUUGAUGGAUGCCUUGUUCUGAAUGUGUCCGAGUUGUUUUUGUUUUUAUUUUUAUUUCUCCUCAUUUAACAUUCCAGUGAUGUGUUCGCUGCAAAUGACGUCAUGAAAUCCGAGGAACGGCUUUAAAACAAUCCAGAAUCUUUAAGGAGCGCCGCGUAGAUGGAUAGAAUGAAUGAGAAAACUCCAAGAACUCCGUUUCCCAUGAUGCAUCACUCUCUCACUAAUCAUGCUGUGAUCAACACUGCAUCCGUUUUGUACAUACAUUGUAAUUAUUUUAUAGCCAUUUACGUUUCUUUAAAAAAAAAAAAAAAAACUAAAUCUAUGGUCUCUCCAAAACGGUGCUUUUUCGUGUAAAAUACGAUGUUAGAAGAAUAGAGAGCGUGAGUACUCGAAAUAUUAUAAGCAGAGAUAGAAACAAAAGUGUUUUUGUUUUUUUAAAGGAAUGUUUCACCCCCCAAAAAAUACAGACUGUUCAUGUGAGAUCAGGAUGAGUUUGUUUCUUCAUCAGGUUUGGAGAAAUGCAUCAGUGUCUCAUCAGUGGAUGCUCUGUAGUGAAUGGGUGCCGUCAGAACGAGAGCUGAAUAAUCCACAGCUUUUGUCUUCUCCAGAUGUUAACUGAUGGACUCGAGUGCUGUGAUGUUUUUACCAGCUCUCGUUCUGACGGCACCCAUUCACUGCAGAGCAUCCACUGAUGAGACACUGAUGCAUUUCUCCAAACCUGAUGAAGACACAAACUCAUCCUGAUCUCAGAUGAUCCUGAGGGUGAGCACAUUUGAUCAAAUUUACAUUUUUAGGUGAACUAUUGCUUUAAAAGGAAUAAAUCACCCCCAAAAAUGUAAUUUUAAUAACUGUAUAUGUGGUUGUCACAUGGAAAAACCUGCAUGAAGUGUCUUUAAAAAAAUAACAGCUGACUGGUUUAGAUAAAUAUAAGAAUAUGUAACUUUUCAGAUGAAUUAUUCCUUCAUUCAGAUGUUUGCUGCUGAGUGUCAUCUGUCCUGUGCAUGGACAGGAAAAUACACUAUAAAUAAAUAAAUAUAUAUAUAAAAGCUAUGAACUAUUGAAGGAUGACAUCACCGGAUGGCAAAACUCAGUUCAUGUUUUUAAUUUAUGCAACAACAACAAACAAAAAAAACUGUCAAUCAUACAAAGAUCUGCACAGUGUAUUCAUGUAUAUAUUAGGUUAAAGACUAUUAAGAUGAUAAUUAUGAUAAGACAAAACCAUCAGAAAGGUUUUGUAUUUCUGCUUCCUGUGUUGAUUAUAUGCAGAGUAUUUUGCGCUAAUAAAUUAACUAAGGAUGAUGGAGUGUAAAUGUAAACUUUAAUCUUUAUUUUAAUAGGAAGUGCAGGAUCCGUGCAGGUGAUGUUGACACAAUCAGAUCCUGUUUAACAUCCGACUAGUGUUCGUGACUGAUGUUUACCUGCUUCUAAUGGAGACUCUGGCUCGUCUGGUUAUUAAAGAUCAAUGACAACUGAAUAAACCGAAACGAUUAGAUGCAUUAUAUCUUUCUUUAAUGCAUUUGAAAGAGGAAUCGUUCACCGUGAUGAAAGACGAGCUCGUUUAAUAAACCCAGCAGGUCAGUACUUCUGCGGUUAUACUCUGAUAUAAUAUAAUUAACCCAAACUAUGACAUGCAUCCUCCACAGGUCAAUUAUCACUCCAUAUACUAUUAUUAUUAUUAUUAUUAUUAUAUGUAUGUCUCUCAUUUUCAUAAGCAGUAAACUGUGUAUUUGCAUAUGUCAAUAUUUCAGAGGUAAACAUGAGGUGCGUUUUUAAUGAUGUAGAAUAAAUAAGGUGUAGUUAUACUUGCGUUUACUGUUUACUCUUGCAGCUUCUACGCCAACUAUGCAUAUAAUAAAACAUUUUUUAGCACUUGA